AUGGCUCCGGAACCCUCUCUGCAGCGCGUAUCGGCGGAGCCGGCGCAAGGCCGCGCGGAAACUAUCAUCGGCGGAAGGUACCGGCGCAUUUGCCAAAUUGGAGUGGGCGCGCAGGCAACCGUGUGGGAGUGCGUUGAUUUGCGCGCCGCUGCUGCGGAGGCGCGAGCCCCGAGUCAGCCUUUACUCCUAAAGGAAGCGCCCCGGCAAGCGGCAGAUUCUCCUCCUCGAUAUUCAAGUGUCGCGGAUUCGCCGUCGCCAGGAGUCUCCGAAUCUUCGCAAAGAGUCGCCUGCAAGAGCUUCCGCCUUUCCAGGGCCGCCGCGGCCACCGCCGCUUUGUCGUUUAACGCCUUCAGCUCGCCAUCAGUCGCGGCGCUUGAGGGGCCUCGAAAGGCGUUUGACUCUCUCGCCGCAUUCAACGGCGGCCAUCGCGACUCGGAGCUCUCUCACCUUCGUCAUUCCCCGCUGAUGCGGCUAGAUGCCUUCGCGGAAGUAGCUUCGCUGGAGGUGGUAACCGGGCACCCGAAUAUCGUUCGGCUGCUCGACGUUGUCGUAGAGCCGCCACGUCACGUUCUACCCGAAGCUGCUGCUACCAACCGAAACUGCGAAACGGCGUUCUACGGUCCGGCUGAAGCUGAUACCGCCGUUUCAUAUGCUACUAAUGCCACGAGUCCUAAGGCGAGUGGUAAAAGUAGUUCCAGUGGUAACCGCUGGAAGGUACACGUGAUUAUGGAGUACACAGAUUCGGAGGACCUGCUAACGGAGAUUGUGAAACGCGGUCCGUUGACGGAGAGCGACGCGGCGGCCGUUUUCCGUCAGAUCGCGUCCGCCGUGGCGUUCUGCCACGCGAGCGGCGUCAUCCACCGCGACAUCAAGCCGGACAACGUGCUGCUCAUGCGACCGCCGUCGCCGUCACCGUCAUCGUCGCCACCUCCCCUCCUCCCGCCGCCUCCCACGCAAGCUGCUGCCGCGCCUCGUGCUCCUUGCCUACCCCCGCUUCUCCUUCCUCCUCCUGCUCCUCCCCGCCUUCCCCGUCCGCGUACCCGCACUCCUCCCCAUGCCCGUCCCCGCCCCGCUCCCCCCUCUACUCCCCGCACCCAUCCGCGCCUCCCGCGCGCGCCCCCUCCUCCGCGGAAGCCACUUCCCCCGCCCAAGCCAACCGCGCUCCCGCUCGCUCUCCCCACUCCGCCAAGCCAGAAGCCGAAGGAUCAACGAGACACUCUCCCCUAA